AUGUCGAAAAUAGCAAACAGAGACUAUGCAUCCCUUAAUCUCUCUGGAGACAAUUACUUGCAAUGGGCGCUAAGCACAAGGAUAAGUCUAAAGUCCAAGGGACUCGGUGAUACUAUCACCGAGGACAACAAUGAAAAUGAAAAGAACCGAUACAGAGCCUUAGGCCUUAUGCGUCAUCAUCUCAUUGAUGGUCUUAAAGAUCAGUACAUGACAAUUGAGAAUCCACUAGAUCUUUGGAAAGCUUUAAAGAGCAGAUAUGAUCACCACAGGAUGGUGUUGCUUCCAAAGGCAAGGCACGAUUGGAUGCACCUAAGAUUCUUAGACUAUAAGUCAGUGGAUGAGUACAAUUCAGCUCUAUUCAAGAUUGUCUCAAUACUAAAGCUAUGUGGUCAAGAAGUAUCCGAUAGUAUGAUGCUUGAAAAGACCUAUAUGACUUUCAAUCAGUCGAAUUCUGUGUUGCAAGAGCAAUAUAGGACAAAGGGUUUUGCCACAUACACUGAUCUGAUCUCAUGUCUACUCUUGGCCGAGGCAAACAAUGAACUCCUACUAAAGAGUAACGGAGCUAGACCGGCCGGGACAGCACCACUACCCGAAGCCCAUGAGGUUGAGAAGAAUGAUCCCAAAGAGACCUACUACGUCCAAGACAACAAGAAACCAUACGGCAAUGGCCGUGGUGGAUUCAAGAGGCGUGGACGUGACAACUCGAACGGCCUAGACGGCUACUCAACUGGCCGGAAAGGAAACCACAAUAACCGUGGUCGUGGUUCCAAUUACGGCCGGGGUUGA